AAUGGCCGCGUCGGCAGAUUUAAGUAAGUCUUCCCCAACACCGAAUGGGAUUCCAUCUUCAGACACAGCCAACGAUGCCAUGGACCCCUUCCAUGCUUGCAGUAUUCUAAAGCAACUCAAAACAAUGUACGAUGAAGGACAGCUGACAGACAUUGUAGUGGAAGUGGAUCACGGGAAAACAUUUUCCUGUCAUAGAAACGUUCUUGCUGCAAUCAGCCCUUACUUCAGAUCCAUGUUCACUAGCGGCCUUACAGAAAGCACUCAAAAAGAAGUUCGAAUCGUCGGUGUUGAAGCUGAGUCGAUGGACUUAGUGUUGAACUAUGCCUAUACCUCCAGAGUUGUUCUGACAGAGGCCAAUGUUCAAGCCUUGUUCACUGCAGCUAGCAUCUUCCAGAUUCCCUCCAUCCAAGACCAAUGUGCUAAGUACAUGAUCAGUCAUUUGGACCCACAGAAUUCUAUUGGAGUCUUCAUCUUUGCUGAUCAUUAUGGUCAUCAGGAACUCGGAGAUCGAUCUAAAGAAUACAUUCGUAAAAAGUUCCUGUGUGUCACCAAAGAACAAGAGUUUCUUCAGUUGACGAAAGACCAACUGAUAAGUAUCCUAGACAGUGACGAUUUAAACGUAGACCGGGAAGAGCAUGUUUAUGAGAGCAUUGUAAGGUGGUUUGAACAUGAACAGAAUGAAAGAGAAGUGCACCUUCCAGAAAUUUUUGCCAAAUGCAUACGUUUUCCUCUGAUGGAAGACACCUUUAUAGAGAAAAUUCCACCUCAAUUUGCACAGGCUAUAGCCAAAAGCUAUGUGGAAAAGGGACCAUCCAGUACCAACGGCUGUACACAGAGACUUGGAAUGACUGCAUCGGAAAUGAUCAUAUGUUUUGAUGCUGCCCACAAACACUCAGGAAAGAAGCAAACAGUGCCUUGUCUAGAUAUAUUCACAGGAAGAGUGUUCAAACUAUGCAAACCACCAAAUGAUCUAAGAGAAGUUGGGAUUCUCGUAUCACCAGAUAAUGAUAUUUACAUAGCAGGAGGGUACAGGCCAAGCAGUAGUGAGGUAUCCAUCGACCACAAGGCAGAAAAUGAUUUCUGGAUGUAUGACCAUUCCACUAAUAGGUGGCUAUCCAAACCGUCCUUGCUUCGAGCCAGAAUAGGCUGCAAACUGGUGUAUUGCUGUGGUAAGAUGUAUGCAAUCGGAGGGCGAGUUUAUGAAGGCGAUGGGAGAAACUCACUAAAAUCUGUGGAGUGCUACGACAGCAGAGAGAACUGUUGGAUGACCGUUUGUGCCAUGCCUGUUGCUAUGGAGUUUCAUAAUGCUGUGGAGUACAAAGAGAAGAUCUAUGUUUUACAGGGAGAAUUUUUCCUCUUCUAUGAGCCUCAGAAAGACUACUGGGGUUUCUUAACCCCCAUGACCGUGCCUAGAAUCCAGGGCUUAGCAGCUGUAUACAAGAACUCUAUCUACUACAUAGCUGGAACCUGUGGAAAUCAUCAGCGGAUGUUUACUGUAGAAGCCUACGAUAUUGAGCUCAAUAAAUGGACUCGUAAGAAGGACUUUCCUUGUGAUGAGUCCAUAAACCCAUACCUUAAACUGGUACUUUUCCAGAAUAAACUCCAUUUAUUUGUUCGAGCUACUCAAGUGACCGUUGAAGAACAUGUCUUCAGAACCAGCAGAAAAAAUUCCCUUUACCAAUAUGAUGACAUCACUGACCAAUGGAUGAAAGUGUAUGAGACCCCAGAUCGGCUCUGGGACCUUGGCCGGCAUUUUGAAUGUGCUGUUGCUAAACUCUAUCCUCAGUGUCUUCAGAAAGUACUUUAAUGAAUGGCAGGCCUUAGUGAGCUCACUGGCACCUUGUGCUCGAGGAAACUUGGUCUUUCAAUGAUACAAGAAGUGCUGUCAGUAUUUAAGAAAGCUGAGAGAGUUUAUACACGGAGAUGGGUGCUCUUAAAGAUGAGU